UCCUGCAAAAGGCACGCACAGAUCGCCCCACUUUCUUCCUCUUCCUCCUCCAGCCCACUUUCUCUUCUCUGUGUCGUCAGAGCUCCAGGGAGGGACCUGGGUAGACCAGACCGAGAAGCCGGAAACAGUGGGUUGGGGCAGCCACUGCUUACUCUGGAGAGGAAGGCCCGGGAGGAGACUUUGGGUGUGUGUGUGUGUGUCUGUCUGUCUGUCUGCCUGCCUUUCUGUUUUGUUCGGUGGCAGUCGCAGAGACCUUCGCUAGCCGGCCAGCCCUGAACUCGCUGGACAGAGCAGCAGCCCUAUGGGGCCUGGCCGUGCCUGCUGAGAGGCAGAAGACAGCCCAGGGGUUGUCAGGCACCCUACAAGCCCCAAAUCAUGUCUCUCUGGGAUCUGGUUUCCAAAGUGCCCCCUGAAAAGUUGCAGCGGCUCUAUGUUGACUUUCCUCAGCACAUGCGGCAUCUGCUGGGUGAAUGGCUGGAGAACCAACCCUGGGAGUUCCUGGUUGGUUCUGACAGCUUCUGCUACAACAUGGCCAGUGCCCUGCUCUCAGCCACUGUCCAGCACCUUCAGACUUCAGCUGGUGAGCAGGGGGAGGGGAGUGCCCUCUUGCAACACAUCAACACUCUUGAGAGCAUAUAUCAGAGGGAGCCCUUGAAGCUGGUGGCGACUUGCAAACAAAUACUUCAAGGGGAGAAAAAAGCUGUUAUGGAAGAGUUUCACCACCUGCCCAUGUCCUUCCGCUGGAAGCAGGAAGAACUCAAGUUUAGCACUAUACUGCAACGGCUUCAACACCGGGUAGGGGAAAGCCGUCUCUUCCGAGAAGAACUACAUCAGGAGGCCCGGAGUGACCCAGUACCUCUGCCACAAUUGAGGUCUGCCAAUGGGACCGGGCCUCGAGAGAAGCUGGCCACCUUGCUGCAGGAGACUGUUGAAGAACUGGAGGUGGCGCAGGUUCUGGUGCUGAAGAGGCUCCACCUUUGGAAGCGACAGCAGCAGCUGGCAGGGAAUGGCGCGCCCUUCGAUGAGAGCCUGGGCCCGCUCCAGGAAAGGUAUGAGAGCCUGGUGGACAUUUAUUCCCAGCUGCAGCAGGAGCUGGGGUCAGCUGGUGCGGAACUUGAGCCUAAGACCCGGGCCUCACUGCUAAGCCGGCUAGAUGAAGUCCUGCGAACACUUGUCACCAGCUCUUUUCUUGUGGAGAAGCAGCCCCCACAAGUUCUGAAGACUCAGACUAAAUUUCAGGCUGGGGUUCGAUUUCUUCUGGGCCUCCGGUUCCUGGGUACUUCGGCUAAGCUUCCAAUGGUCAGAGCAGACAUGGUGACUGAGAAGCAAGCUCGGGAGCUCAACCAACUCCAGGGUUCUGGGACUGGAGCAGAAAGCACAGGCGAGAUCAUCAAUAACAUGGUGCCAUUGGAGAAUAGUGUUCCAGGCAACUGCUGUUCCGCUCUCUUCAAGAACCUGCUUCUGAAAAAGAUCAAGCGGUGUGAGCGAAAGGGCACAGAGUCAGUGACUGAGGAGAAAUGUGCCGUGCUCUUCUCCACCAGCUUCACACUGGGCCCCAACAAACUCCCCAUCCAACUCCAGGCCCUGUCCUUGCCCCUGGUGGUCAUCGUUCACGGCAACCAAGACAACAAUGCCAAAGCCACCAUCUUGUGGGACAAUGCCUUCUCGGAAAUAGACCGUAUGCCCUUUGUGGUGUCAGAGCGGGUGCCUUGGGAGAAGAUGUGUGAAACUCUGAACCUCAAGUUCACGGCUGAGGUGGGGACGAGCCAGGGGCUGCUCCCAGACCACUUCCUCUUUCUGGCCCAGAAGAUCUUCAACGACAACAGCCUUAGCACAGAGGCCUUCCAGCACCGUUUUGUGUCCUGGUCACAGUUCAAUAAGGAGAUCUUGCUGGGCCGUGGCUUUACCUUUUGGCAGUGGUUUGAUGGUGUUCUAGAUCUCACCAAACGCUGUCUCCGAAGCUACUGGUCUGAUCGGCUGAUCAUCGGUUUCAUCAGUAAACAAUACGUCACUAACCUUCUUCUUCACCAGCCUGACGGAACCUUCCUACUUCGCUUCAGUGACUCAGAGAUCGGUGGCAUCACCAUUGCUCAUGUCAUACGGGGCCAGGAUGGCUCCUCACAGAUUGAGAAUAUUCAGCCAUUUUCUGCCAAAGACCUAUCCAUUCGCUCGCUGGGUGACCGGAUUCGAGAUCUAGUUCAACUCAAAAAUCUCUACCCCAACAAACCCAAGGAUGAGGCUUUCCGGAGCCACUACAAACCUGAACAGAUGGGGAAGGACAUCAGAGGCUAUGUCCCAACUGCCAUCAAGAUGACCGUGGAAAGCAGGGAACAACUUCCUACCCAGGAGACCCAGAUGCCUCCCAGAGUGCCCUCUUAUGGUCACGGAAUGAAUCCCAACUCUUCUGUGAACAUCUGCCCAGACAUGCCCAGGGUGUACCCACCACACCCUCACCCCCUCUCCUCCUAUUCAGCCCUUUCCCCUGAAGAACCGGUUCCUGUGAUGCCAACCUACCCAGAAACUCACCUACAAAUGCCCUCCAACCUGGGUCAGCUGAACCACCUCAACUUUGACUCAACUCACCCCUCGGAUCUGCUGCCCUGCCAACCUCGUGAACAUGUCUGCCCGGAUGUGACCAUGGCUGAGGAGAGCUGCUUGAGUGAGCAAGUGGGCGAGUUUCAAAACACCUGGGGAGGGGCAGACAUGUUCCCGCCCUUUCUGCCUCCAACGGAUCAGGACCUCACUAAGCUUCUGGAGGGGCAAGGAGAGUCAGGAGCCCUGCAGCACUCUUCCUAUGGGCAGCCUGGAAUUCCAAUGUCCCACCUGGACCUAAGGGCCAACCCAAGUUGGUGAAGCCAGUUGUAAGGUGAUCCCUUAAAAUCAGCUCUAUUCCCACGGACUUGCUCUGGACAACUGUUCUUCCCUGUCUGGCUAAGCAGCCCCCGGAGUAUAUUGUCCUAUCCACACCUAGUCCUUGGUCAGGAAGAAAAGACAUUGGUGGGAGAUUUUGCAAUGGGUGGAGCGUGACCACUCCUUCCAUCCUAUAUACCCCAGCCCUCUCCCUUCCACUCUUGGAUGAGGAAAUCAGGCUCUAAAAGUGAGAACACGCUGCAGCAUGCCUCCACACACAAACAUAUACAUGUGUACACACACACCACACACAGGAAGAAUGGGGCUGAACUGUAAGAGGGUGGGGCCAGAGCACAAGCUAGGGCAACGCAGGCUGCGACUGUGCAGUCCAGAACUCACAAGCCGUGGUACGCACCCUCAAGCACAUAUUUGCACUAGAGACCGGAGACAGGGUGCACGGGCUUGGAUCCCAGUUCUGGGGACCAGGAAAGCAGUUCAGACUCUUUGGGCAGGAGGAAUCUCAACAUAGUGAUGAAUGUGGGUUUUGCCCAGAUGAAAAAGAAAUUCCAGAGUCCCCAGUUCCUGUCAGUCAGAUAGAGGCGUUCCGUUCUGCAUGAUUCUAUGUGGGAGCACAAAGGCUUAGUUUAUGUCCAGCUGUGUGCAAGUGUGUGUACCCCAGAGAGAUGUCACAUGGUGUUUGUGUGACACAAAGAACACUGACUUGAUGUGUGGAUGCCAGCCCUGGGAUCUUCAUAGACAGUUGCGAGUGGAGCCUAUUGCCUCAAAAUUGCUGAUCUUGCCUGGAGGGUGGGAUAAGUCUGACGCCCAGAUCACUCCUCUUGGUGUAUUGGUGUACCCUCUGCUGCUUGUUUGCCCACUCACACUGCCACUUGCCCUUCACCCCCCCAUCCUAUGCCACUCUUUCUUCCUCUGGGGGGAGGGUCAUAGAUCCUAAGCCAUAAAAUAAAUUUUAUUCCAAAAUAACAAAAUAAAUAAUCUACUGUACACAAUCUGAAAAGAAA